AUGGAUGUGAGGGAGCAGGUGCGCUGUAGGGCGUGCCUUGAGGAGCAACUACAUGCGGUGCAACUACACUUCUGUGUGAGGUGUCGUACAGAGGGGGCAACAGAGCUGCUUGAGCGGGAUCUACUGGAGGAGGAGGCGGUGGCCACUGGACCCACGCAGCAGGUGCAGGUGCAUGACUGUCACCUCCUGCUGGACACUUAUGACAGACUGACCGUUUCACAGGUCUUGUCACUUAACCUGCUGACACGCGACGGUGCUUGUACCCCCAUCGGAGCCUUUGUCUCCCAGCCCAGGCUGUCAGACAUGAACUUGUUCUGCUUCACGCUGGAGGGCUCCACUGAAAGCGUGUAUGAGCCAGCCCACAGUCAGACGGUCAGAGAGGCAGGACCCAAGUUCCCGUGCAGUCCGGCUCUGCGGAGGAGGAGGCCUGGGUGGGGGGGCUCCGACUCCUCCAUCAACUGUAGCAAAUCUCAGAGUGCCAAAAUCAACAGAAACAAUGUGAGGUCAUGCUUUGUAACAUCAGACAUGGACAAUGAAAUAAAAGAUAUUCACAGGGCAUGCUGGAUUUCAUCUGCUGAUACAAAGGACCCUGCUCAUCAAAAGAGAGAGCCAGAUAAAGACACGUGUCGAACAUCAGAAGACAUUGCAAAUAGACUGGUGCUGAACCAUGAAAAGAUAAAGGCAGAUCCUACGCUCCAGGCCAGCAAAACCGCCGCUGACACAGCAGAAUCAAUAAAAGCAAGAAGACUAAAGAAGUUACAGAAUCGGUUGCCAAGUACAAAAGGAGGACAGCAGAGUGCAAGUGUUAAAGAGGGGAGUGUGUCUGAGGACUGUGAUAAAUUGACAGACGUGUUGAGCAUCUACAACCCGGUUUUGAGCUGCAUGGGUUUGGGCAAGAGGGAGAAGAAGCCCUUGCUCAGCUCUCCCUCAGCGCACUCGGACUGUCACUCACACCAACACUCGGAGGUGGACCAGGUCUGGAGCCCUCUGCAGAGCCCCUGUGAACUGUGCAGACCCCAGCACCAGAGCUGCCAGGAGCCCGGACACACAUCCAGACACGAGCUGUGGGAGGGCGGCUCUGGCCUGUCGCUGCCUCGCGCCGCGGCUUGGGACCGCUUCGAGAGCCUGAUCCAAGAACUGGACAGUAAAGAACCAGAGCCCUGCCUGCCACACAUGGUCCGCUCCAUCACUGACCUGGACCUCCACCAGGAUCAAUGGAACAGAUUUGAGAGAUUUGACGCCUUCAGACAGCAGUGGCCUUUGACGACGGAGCAGGAUAAUGGAUGGGGUUGCACAAUGUAUCCAGAGGGAAAGUUAAACAUCGCAUGUCGAAAGAAGGAGGCCGAGGUGGAAUCGCAAAAAGGCAGAAAGCCAUCGAAGACGGGAGAUGCCAUUAAUGUGACCCAGAAUCUUCAUGGAGAACCCACCAAAGCGCACCAUAACUCCCUGGAGAGUCUGUACAGCAGCGGACAGAGCUCAUCCAGUGGAGUCACCAGUGGAUCAAACUGCUCCAGUAACAGAACCAGUCUGAGGCUGGACGAGGAGCUGUCCUCCCCCAGAACCUUCUGUGGACGAGCCAGAGUGCAUACAGACUUUGAGCCCAGUCCAUACGACACGGACUCCCUCAAACUCAAGGUCGGAGACGUGAUCGACAUCAUAUCCAAGCCUGCUAUGGGAACAUGGACAGGGAUGAUCAACAACAAAAUAGGUUUCUUUAAAUUUAUCUACGUGGACUUGUUAAAAGAAGAGGCCAAAACUGGAGAUUCGAGCUUUCACGAAUUACUAGAGCGCUUCGAUUUGGAGGAGUACGCUCUGAGGUUGAAGUCCCACGGUUAUGAGGCGGCUGCAGAAUUGGUGAAGCUGAGGGAGCAUCACCUGACGGAGCUGGAAGUGACUGAUCCCGAACACAGACGGAGACUCCUCCUCGCUGUCAGCUCCCUCAGGCCUCUGCGCUCGGAGAGUGAGGAGGCCGUGUAUGAGAACGUAAAGAGUUGCCCCCGGGACUCGGGCUGCGGUCUGGUCUGUCCCGACUCCAUGGAACUCCAUUCUCCGUGUGAACAAACAGACGAGAGCAGUCUUUUGUAA